GCUCUAGUUGCAUUGCAGGCAACAACCGUCUCGUCGUUUUUCGAUUGAGACUUGCUCCCCACAUCGCUUGGAGGCCGCCCUUCGUGCCUGCGACUUUCUCGAGGAAUCCGCCGGCUAUCCGGUUGUAACGAAGACAACGAUACACGCGCUCGCAGGCCGUCCAGCAGUUUCGUCUGCGGAGAGCCUGCCUCGACGUCGGGACUUUUUCUGAAGGGAACGGUUUUCCGCGUUUUUUUUCGCCGUACUCAGCGGUUACAAACUUCCUCUUCGAAACCUCGCGCGUGGGGCAAGCUUCGAGGCACCGCAAUCCAAAGAGAGCACGAUGGCGCCGGUGAUGACAGCGUCGGCUGCGUCGGAUCGGAUGCCAGGUCUGCAGCGGGGGAAGCAGCGCGUCCGCCAGAACGCCUUCGCAGGUUCGGCUUCUUCGUCUUCCUCGCGACACGCAAAGGCGCAGCCGACGCAGGCUCUGCGUGGCGCAGAGGGGCAGGGUCUGUCUCCGCACCAGCAGCGCCUCCAACAGAACGCUCUGCUGUCGGGCCGGCAUCAUCUGGCGCUCGGAUCUGACGAGAACUCGAUCACGGACUUGUCUCCGCGCUCCCAGAAGUGGGUCGAGGACGUCCAUCCGCUGCUUGAGUUUUUCAACUACUCGAAGAGAGACGUCUACGCGCUCGUGCAGCGAGCAGAGUACGACCAGGACCGCGUCCAGCAAGCCGUGGCAGAAAUCGUCGAGGAGAAGAAAGGUCACGAGCAGGGCUCUUGGGAGGUCGUUUUGACGAAGCAGCAGAAACACCAGCUCCACCGCGCCGCGCAAGCCGAGACGCUGCCGCUCUCGGGCAGGGAAGGCCGAACCCGGAGACCCGACAGAGAGAGAGACAACAGACACGCAAACGCCGACCGACAGAGAGGAAACGAACACCCGAGCGCCGGAAGACGCGCAGACAGACAAACCGCUGCUGGACCUGUUCAGAGACGACGCAGAGACAGCCGAGGAGAAGCCGGCGGUUUCCGUCGCGCAGGCGGCCAGAACGCAACCGGGAAGGCUGCGACAGGUCGGCGCAGAGGCAGACAGGGAGAAGCGGUGCCAGGUGUCGAGAGAGACUGGGAAGUCGAAGCGCUCGAGUCGCAGUGGGGGGCGGGUCCUGAUGGCCUCGUUCUGCCCAAGACACCCGUCAGAUCUGGAGAGGUUGAAGGCACUUCGUCGGGAAGCCCAGUCGCCCAACAGACAGCCGCGCCUCCGGCCCAGAAAGAGACAGUGAACACUCCAGAGGCGCCUCAGGCCACGGCGGCUCCGGCAGCUGCGACCGCGUCUCCGGCGCGUUCGUGGGCAGCGCGUCUGGUGCAGAAGAAGGAGACAGUUCCAACGCCGGAGUCGAAGGCCUCUCUGUUGGGAGCAGUCAAGUCUCCUCGCGAGAGCAGCGAGGCCAGGAAACGUGAGCCGUCUCCAAUUGCGGCCCCUGCGGUCAAGUCUCCUCGAGCUGCGACUCCGGUGCGCGACCGCUCUCCCCACCCCACAAGCGAGGCUCCGAAAGUCGAGAAUGAAUCUUCUCCCAAGACUGUUCACGGAAAAGAAGCAGAGUCAGCGUCAGCAGGCGCCCCGACUGGCCAAACCGCGCCCGCGACGCCGGUUCUGCGGGUGUCUCCGGCGCCGGAGGAUGUAGCUGCACCCGAGAAGGCCGUGGCACAGGCCCCCAGGAGUCCGAGCCGGAGCCCGCGAAAGAGUCCGCGAGCGGAACCGAGACGCGAGGAGCCGAGACGCGAGGAGCCGAGACGCGAGGAAUCGACCAGAGCGAGUGGAGUGGCGAACCCUGUUGUCAUCAUGCCGCAGCACCGCCACGCACAGGGCGUCUUCCUCGCGGACGGCGCAGGCCGCACCCAGUCCCCAGGCGCGCUGGGGCAGGGCCCCCACGGGGUCGUCGUUGUCGGGGCGCGAGCUGUGCAGAGCCCAAGAGAGGCCCAAAGGCGCGCGGAGGCAGGUGCAGCGUACGCCGGCGGAGAGGCGUUCGAGGGCCGCGAGCGAGGCCAGGACGAGUUGGCCGCCCGCGAGAACGCCUCGCUCGAAGAAAAUCUCCUCACGUUCGGCACCGUCGAACUUCGUUUCUGCACGGCGAACCGAGGCGUCGCGGCUCCGGUCACGACUGUGGAGAAGCCGAAGGCGUUCUCUGCCUCUCAGAUGCCGUCUCCGAAACUCUCCUACCCCGCAGAAGAAGCAGCCACCACCCACACCGCUGCGCAAGCCGCUGCUCCGGGUCUUCUCUCAGGUGCAGCAGCCCCCGGCGGGGCGCUGCUCCCCGCGGGUCUUCGACCUGAGGGUGCGGGCCCCGAGGCUUCGGGCGCCGGAAUGGAGCCCGACGCGGAGGGGGCGACUCGGCCGCCGGUGUCUCCGCGCCAGCAGGGUCAGUUUCCGGCGGGGACUCGGGACCAGAGCGCGAGCUUCGCCUCUGUCUCCUCGCGGUUCGGACCUCUCGACGCGCAGCCGGCGCAUGCAAGUGUCCGCGAGGACCGCAGCGGCGUCCAGCGUCUCAACGAAGAGUCUCUCGCGGCUGCUGGCGGCGUCGUGGGGCGGAGCCAGGGAGCUUUAUCCAGCGCCCAGGGCCAGCAUUUCGCGCAAGGCGGUCGCGGCGCCUACGGGGCCGGAGCCCCGAGCCAGCCGGCGGGAACCUCACGGGCCAACUACCCUGUUGGACCCGCGGGUGCGGAGUCUAGCCAGUCGGCACACGAGUCCGUUCGCGGCCCGGGGGCAGAAACCCACGCUGGCCGCAGCGGCGCCUCGCAGCCGUCCGGCUCUCAGCAUCAACCUCUCUUGAUUUCGGGAGACAACUCGGAGUUCCCGAGCACACAUGCAGGUGACGGCACGGGCUCCCUUGACGCCUAUUACCACUACGUCGGCGGCAGAGACUUUGUGGGGACAGGCGUGAAGCUGGAGAACGCGGCGCUCACAUCGGGCUCUGGAGCCUCCGCUCGGUUCGCCCAAGAAGCGGGCGCCGGCGGUCACCAGAGUGGACAGGCUCAGGUUUCGUCUGCGGCUUUAGAGGGCGAGAGCACGAACGCAGGGCCUUCUUCCUUCUCACCCGCGAACCUGUACCCAAACACUUCGCUCUUCAACGCCCAGGGCGGACCGAACGAGCCGGCGGGUCCCGCGCCGCACCAGCCGGUCGGAAGCGGCCGCGAGGCCCGCGGAUCUGCCGGAGAGCGCCGAAAGAAGCAGACGGGGUACCACCUCGGGGGAGGUCAGGGCGGCAGCCAGCUGGCGCAUGCAUCGGGGGGCUUCUACGGAAAUUCCGGUUCGAACUCGAAUCUGCAGAAUGCGUCUUGGUCCGGCGGGAACGCCCACAACGCGGCGGGCGCGCUGGGGGGUUUGGGGACGGGUGUUGGCUCUUCGAACUCGACUCACGCCAACUCAGGAUUCAGCGACUUGAGUGGGACCCCCGGAUCUGGAGGCCUGAACCGCAGCCAUGCGUACAACGAGUAUAACACCGCAAACGCGCCUUCGAGUUCUUCCUUGACGAGCGCGAAGCCUCCGCCGCCGCCGCCUGCCUCCGGAGGUGCGGGCCUCGCGCCCGAGAACAACAGGCUCCUGGGGCUCGGGCACCAGGCGGCGACCGCGGGCGGAUCCCAGCCGAGUUCCUUCUCUUCCUACUCUCACUCCCAGCAGCGAGAAGCGCCUGUGGGGGGCCAAAGCUCAAGCGCGAGAAACUUCGGACAACACUCUGGCGCCGCAGGCAACAAGGGCGUCUCCGGGAGCUCCUUGCAUGCAGCGAGUUCCUCCGGGGCGGGGGCCAGCGGAGGCGCAUCGGGCUCGGCGAGCCACAGUUCUUCGCACAGUGCGUCGCACAACGCGACUCACGGCGAGAGCUCUUCUCACGGGGCGAGUUCGACGUUCACACCGCCGCCAGGCCUGGGUCCCUCUGGAAACGCGCAGCAGUCGUCUGCCAACGGCUUGGGAGCGGCGCUGAACAACCAGCCGAGUGCGUCUUCAAACACAUCAAGCAGUGGAGGCCCCCCGAGCUCGUACAGCUACCAGGGCUAUCACCACACGGGCAUGGCGUAUCCCCACUACAACAACAUGUACUACGGUCACCACGGAAACAUGAUGCCACACCCCUUCGGCGUCAUGGCAGGACACCACGCGACGUCGAAUGCGAGCACCAGCGGCAGUGGCAUGGGGAAUCCAACGGGAGUGAGCAACGAGGGUCUCCCCUAUUCCUCGGCUUCUGGCCAGCAGAGCGGAAGCUCCGCGUCGCUCUCUUCGUCUUCUGUGAACGCGCCAGGAAACGCUCUCGACCUGGAGACGAGCAGCGCCAGCGACUCUCACAACGCACAGAGUAGUUCCUCCGGCUUUGCGCAGCAACAUUUCCACGCGGAGGGGUCAGGUUCCUUCUCGGGUGGAGGCUACAACCACGUACAAACUUCCACCAAGACACCGGGGUCGGGUCCUUCGACGAACGCGAGUGGAAGCUACAUGAGCUACUACAACGGCUCUUCUGGAUUUUCUUCUUCUCUCGGCCGCAAUGGUCAAGGCACCUACCAAAACCAGCAAGGAGGCAAUUCAAAUUCUUCGGGAGGAUUCAGCUCGAGAAACGAAAACUCCGGGAACUUGGGCGUCCUUGCCUCUACGAACCAAAGUGGAGGUGGCUACGGAAAGAACAAUGGAGGCUAUGGAAGCAAGCAAUACCACGGGCACAGCUCUUACUAUCCACGAGGGAACGCGUCUUCAGACCAGCAGGCUGCGCAAGCCGCCGCGGCUGCAGGCUACUACGGGGGGUACAGCUACGGACAGUACGCCCAUCCUCCCGGUCUGGGGAAUACUUUCUAUCAGAGCAACUUCGCGAGCCAAAGCGGCAGCAGCCAAGGACGACCGAACUACGGAGGCUACAACGCGAACAUGUGGAGUUGAAGAGAGAGAAGACCGUUUCGCGAAAAACGGUGGAGACCUGGCGAAGCCCAGGGCGAAGGCGAGGGAGGAGAGACGAGAAGGGGGCGAGGAAGAUGCGUCGAAAGCGAGAGAUGUUCGAGAAGAAGAGUGGAGAGAAGAGGCGAUGGGAGAGGAGGCGCUUCUUGUUCCUUGUCUUCCCCACUUUUACAUGCAGCGACACCCUUCACAGGAAAUCACAGAAGUCUUCUAGGAGCGAUUUUGGCCAACUUUCUUUUUUCUUGUAACUUGAUGCAAGCAACGCUCUUUCGUCGCUCGCGUGUCUUGACGUGAGAGAGACCACUCACAAACUGCUGAAGAAAGCUAUUCCUUCC